AUGUCACUUUUCGAGAACGGAAACUUUGACACUUUUCAUUUCACAUUACCUAUGUUUUUCAGAUUUAAGCUUGAAAAGGCUAAGAACAAGAAAACACUCGGAUCAGCAAUGAUUUCAAAACUUAGAGAAGCAGCAUCCGCAACAAUGCCGUUGUUUCCUGAAAUAGAAAACGAUUAUCUUCCAAAGAAGGCACCAGUUACAGUUUUUGGUCUUCAAGAUCAUGCAAAAUUAUACUUUGUCGGAAAUUAUCCGGCGGUAGUUGAGCUCGGCCAUGGCGAAGUUUUCCCUCAUCUUCGUAUCGCAAUGGAAAACAUGGGCUUGCUUAGAACAAUCGUUGUUGAUGAACCAACUGCUAGAGCUGUUAUGCGUGGUGCUGAUUUGAUGGCUCCUGGCGUAAAUGGAAUGGAUGAAGAUUUCCAUGAAGGCGACAUUGUUCAAAUUGUAUUGAUGGGAGAAAGUAUUCCAUUUGCUAUUUGCCAAAUGCAAAGAGAAGGAGCAGAUAUAUUGAAGAAUCCAAAGGGAAAGGCUUGCAAGACACUCCACACCAUGAAAGACGACUUAUUUACUCUUAAGCUUGAAUGA